AUGGCCCCCCUCACAACCCUCCUCUAUGCCCUGAGCAUAACAAGCGCGCUGGGUUCAAGCGUGUCCGAAUCCUCGAAACCAUUCUCCCAAGAAUUCCGCGACAACUACAGCGUCCUCAAGCACUACGGCGGUAAUGGUCCCUACUCAGAGCGUCGCUCGUACGGCAUUGAUCGCGACCCACCGGCAAGCUGUGCCGUCGAUCAAGUCAUCAUGAUCAAGCGCCAUGGCGAGCGCUACCCAUCUCCAUCCCUGGGCGCAGGCAUUGAAAAGACGCUCUCCAAACUCGACCCUAAAGCCAAGUACCAAGGCGAUCUGGCCUUCUACAAUGAUUGGUCCUACUACGUGCCUAAUAAGUGCUUAUACAAUGCCGAGACAUCGUCUGGUCCUUUUGCCGGCUUAUUAGAUGGCUAUACCCAUGGAACAGAGUAUCGGGCUCGAUAUGGCCAUCUAUGGGAUGGGGAUGCUAUCGUGCCUAUGUGGAGCAGUGGGUAUGGACGAGUGAUUGAGACGGCGCGCAAGUUCGGAGAAGGCUUCUUCGGGUAUAACUAUUCGACCAAUGCGGCGUUGAACAUUAUCUCUGAGAGCGAGAGCAUGGGCGCGAACUCGCUGACGCCGGUUUGCUAUGCGGAUCGCGAUUCUGCGACUUGUGAUGGUUUGUCGAAUACCAUGCCUCAGUUCAAGGUUGCGGCGGAGAGAUUGAAUGCUCAGAAUCCCGGACUGGAUCUGAAUGCGACAGAUAUUUACUAUCUCAUGUCAAUGGCAUCAUUCGAGUUGAAUGCCCGCGCUUCCUCCAAAUGGAUCGAUGUCUUCACCCAGGACGAAUGGGUCAGUUUCGGAUACGUCCAAGACUUGAACUAUUACUACUGCGCAGGCCCGGGCGACAAUUCAAUGUCCGCCGUAGGCUCCGUCUACGCAAACGCAAGCCUGACCCUACUCAACGAAGGGCCCCAAAAGACCAACCCUCUAUUCUUCAACUUCGCCCACGACACAAACAUCACCCCCAUCCUCGCAGCCCUGGGCCUCCUCACCCCCGAAGAAGACCUCCCGUUAGAUCGAAUCCCCUUCGGAAACCCAUACUCCACCGGCGACAUCGUGCCACAAGGCGGCCACUUUACAAUCGAGCGUCUGAGCUGCGACAAGACUGCUAUCUCGGAUGCAGGGAGCUAUGUUCGUCUCGUCCUCAAUGAGGCGGUUGUUCCCUUCCACCAAUGUACUUCGGGUCCUGGGUACUCGUGUCCAUUGGAGGAAUAUACUACCAUCGUCAAGGGGAGAUUGCCUGACUUUGUUGGGCAGUGUAAGGUUCCGCAUAAGGAUCCGAAGAGCUUGAACUUCUGGUGGAAGUAUAAUUCUACCACUGAGUUGAAUUAUCGGAAUGGCUCUGUUCCUUGUCAGGAGGCGGAGGCUCAGCGGUGA